AUGGGUUCAUUGCCUUUUGACAGCGAUGAGACGCUAGGGAAAUCCAAAGUUGUGCACCCGAUGCCUCCGUGGAAACACGGAGGAAGAUAUACUCUAAUCCUGGGCUACUCCAUUGGUCUGCUUUUUAUAUGCAACUAUGAUCUCAAUAAGGAUUUUACUUUGUGGAACCCGUCAAUUCAAAAGUUGAAGAAGCUUCCCUUCACAACCCUUGAGCCGCAUCCAUCACCAGGUUUAGAGAUAUCCCGUUCCCAUAUUACAAAUGGAUUCGGGUACGAUUCAGCCAAUGAUGACUAUAAACUCCUGGGGAUUUUGGAGCUUGCUAAUAGCGACGAUGUUAUCGUGAGUUCUCAAGUCCAUGUUUAUAGCCUAAAAUCCCACUCAUGGAAAAGGAUCCAAAACACGCCUUGCGAUGGUUAUAGUUUUUCAGAAGAUUCAGAUAGCAUCGUGUUUCUCAAUGGUGCUCUAAGUUGGCUCAUGUCUAAAGAGUCAGAUGAUGCAGAUAAGUACAUGAUCGUAACCCUUGAUCUUGCCAGUGAGAAAUGUCGGGAGUUUCCCAUCCCAGUGGACAGGAUUAACAUUGACAUUUCUAGCCUGGAUUUGGAGGUCUUAGGGGACUAUCUGUGUAUUUCUGUUAAUUGUUUCUGGUGUCGAAGUGAGGCUUGGAUUAUGAAGGAAUAUGGGGUGACAGAAUCUUGGAGCCUUCCUUAUUCUAUUGAAUGA